AUGGUCUCCGUCAAAUCCGUCGCGAGCAUUGCUCUCUCUCUCGGGAUGGCCUCAGCCCAGUCACCAGCCACCAUCAGCUUCAACCCCGUGUACGACUCUGCAUUUGCUGUCGCCAAUACAGCAUGUGGAGGUGCAGAAGGACCAAACCCCUUCUCGACAUUGACCGCCUCUAAGGGUUGGACCACCCUCGACCAGAUCCAGGCCAACCUGGUCGCAUCACCGCUUGCGGUUAACCGGACUGAGUGUGGUCAGUGCUACAGAAUCACUGUCAAUGGUACUAGCAUCAAUGCGUUGGUCGCCGAUGCCGCUCAGUCUGUAUGGGUCUUGGGCCAAAGCCCAGAGUGGGCUACUAUCAGUGCAGGAAGCCUUGCUGGGCAGCUUGCGGGUACCGUGGAGCAGAUCGCACAGAGCAACUGUGUUGCAUAA